AUGCAUCAAGCAAUAACACAGACGGAUAAAAAGUUGACACCACUAAACCUUUCAGAAAAAUCUUUCGACCCUGAGGCAAAGAUAACCCCAAUGCAGGAUCUGGUUCGCCAAUGGAAAGCCAAACCACUACAUGGUCGGUAUAGGAGCCGCAUAGAAGACAACGCCAUUGACACGAAGGCUUCCCAAGGAUGGUUGCAGUCAGAUUUCGUUCGAGAAGAGUGUCAGCAUUCUAUUCAAGAAAGAAGCCUAAAAGGAACUUGGGUGAUAGAAGAGGUGCUCAAAGCUAUUGAAAAAGGUUACCAGAUUAUAGAGACUUACGAAAUAUGGGAAUACGAUACAAUUCAGCUCAGUAAAGACCAAGAGGGGUUAUUUAGCGGAAUGAUGAACAAGUUUCUACAAAUAAAACAACAAGCUUCAGGAUGGCCCAAACAUUGCUUAACGGAUGAAGAAAAAAACCGUUAUAUUGAUGCAUUUUUGGAUAGAGAAGACAUAAAGCUGGAAUUUUCAAAAAUUAUAGAGAACCCCUGUUUGAGAUCGUUAGCUAAACUUAUGCUGAAUUCCUUUUGGGGUAAAUUUGCUCAAAAAGAAAACCAAAACAAAACCUCAAUAGUCAGAGACUGUGGUGAAUUCUUUGAUAUGCUGACUAAUCCUUCUAUUCAUGUAAAUACAGUUCUCCCGGUAAACGAAGAAACCCUUCUCAUAACUUGGGAAUUUAGAGAAGAGGCCUAUGACGUUUCUUCAACGGUUAACGUUGUAUUGGCUUCAUAUGUCACGGCCCUAGCUAGACUAAAAUUAUAUUCAUUCUUGGAGAAAGUGGAAGAAAGGGCAGUUUACGUAGAUACAGAUUCAUGUAUUUAUAUCUCUCGUAAGGGGUUAGACGACAUAUCUACAGGCGACUUCAUAGGUGAUAUGACCGAUGAGCUCAAUGGGGGUUUCAUAUCAGAGUUUGUUUCUGGAGGACCUAAGAACUACGCCUACAAAUAUACUACUUUGUCUGGAGAGGAACAGAUCGUAUGUAAAGUAAAAGGCAUAUCACUCAACUACAAGGCAUCCCAAGUAGUCAAUUUUGAGAAAAUAAAAGACAUGGUGCUGAAGAAAUCUGAUCCUGUUUCUGUACUUUCUCGACAGCUACGACGUACAAGAGAGCAUGCAGUAGUAACAGUCGAGUUUCCUAAGGUAUACAAGAUAACUUCAAUGAAAAGGAAAUUCUAUGAAGAUCAUACCUCUGUACCAUUUGGAUUUAAGAAAAUAAAGUAUUGA